CAAGGGACGUUCGUCAGAUCUUCGAGUUUUUUAAAUUAAAAAAAAAAAAAGAGAUUGUUCUUGCAUUUCUGUUUUUUCUGUUUUACACAGGAAUCGGUGAGUGGAAAACUCAGCGCACCAGACUCCAUAGCAACAACGAGCCCCUUUCUUUAUCCGCACGAUUUUGCAAUCAAGGACUUGUAAAUUUCAAAUUCCAACUCCAACAAUAUAAUUUGGAAACUUGGUGGAGAAGUGAUAUCGAUUGGAGCAAUGCAAAAGGAUUUUAAUCCUACUUCACCAAGAAUUAGGCAUAGACGACGAUCAAACGAGUUUCCAGUUGAGGUCAGCAAAACAAAUGGAAGCCAUUUACUCAUCAAUGAUCAAAACAAGUACAGGUCAAUGUGGAUCAGGACUUAUUCAUCUCUAUGGAUGAUUGGGGGUGUUUUGUUGAUUAUCUACUUGGGUCACCUUUACAUUUGGGCCAUGGUUGUUAUCAUCCAAAUCUUCAUGGUCAGUGAGCUUUUUAAUCUACUUAGAAGAGGUCAUGAAGAGAGACAUCUGCCCCGAUUUAGGCUCUUGAACUGGCAUUUUUUCUUCACAGCCAUGCUAUUCGUAUAUGGCAAGAUUCUUAGCCAGCAGCUUGUGAACAUGUCAUCAGAGAAGUUUCUUUAUAGGCUUUUGAGCAACCUUAUCAAGUAUCAGAUGGUUAUUUGUUACUUCCUAUACAUUGCAGGGUUCAUGUGGUUUAUUCUAACAUUAAAGAAGAAGAUGUACAAAUACCAAUUUGGUCAGUAUGCCUGGACACACAUGAUUCUCAUUGUGGUGUUCACUCAGUCCGCGUUUACUGUAGCCAAUAUCUUCGAAGGGAUAUUUUGGUUUCUUCUCCCAGCAGCCCUUAUUGCUAUGAAUGAUGUUGCUGCUUAUUUCUUUGGCUUUUAUUUUGGAAAGACACCUUUGAUUAAGUUAUCACCAAAGAAAACUUGGGAGGGUUUUAUUGGAGCAUCAGUGGCAACCGUAAUCUCAGCAUUUAUUUUUGCAAACAUUUUAGGCCGUUUCCAGUGGCUUACAUGUCCGAGGAAGGAUUUAUCGACUGGUUGGCUUCAAUGCGAUCCCGGGCCACUGUUUAUACCCGAACACUAUUCGUUACCAGGAUGGAUUUCUCAAUGGCUUCCAUGGAAGGAGAUUUCAGUUUUGCCAGUGCAGUGGCAUGCUUUAUGCCUGGGUUUAUUUGCGUCAAUUAUAGCACCCUUUGGUGGUUUUUUUGCUAGUGGCUUCAAAAGAGCAUUUAAAAUCAAGGAUUUUGGUGACAGUAUACCUGGACAUGGUGGAUUUACCGACAGAAUGGAUUGCCAAAUGGUAAUGGCUGUUUUUGCCUACAUAUAUAUCCAAUCAUUUGUUGUUCCUCAGGACUACACAGUAGAGAUGAUGUUGGAUGAGAUAUUGAGGAAACUCAGUCGAGAGGAACAGCAGGCUCUUUAUAUGAAGCUAGGGCAGACACUGCAAAAUAGGUUGCUGGGGCUAUCUUGAACCUUUGUGGACAAAUAUUCAUCUGGAUUCUCUAAACGGCAGCUCCUGUUGGUAACUUUAUUAUGUAGGAAGAUUGUAUAUAUUCCUGUAAUUUCUUUCGAUAUACUUGUGUUUUUCUCAUUUUUUCCUUUGGUUGCUAACUCAUUGUUCUUCAAGAGGCUUUUAGGUUUACCUAGCUUCUAGUCGGGAGAAACACACGGUUUCUCCUAGACUUUGAUUUAUAACAAGUAUUGUGAAUAACAAGUUCAAAUUGGGUGGUAAG